AUGGUUCUUCUUCCCCUAGAAUUCAGAGACUGUCUCACAGACUCUCCUCAGUUCCGGGAGAAUCUCGCCUGCCAUGAGAAGGAAUUGGAGACUACGGCUCAGUCGAUGAAAAGUAUCCUCAAGGAAAUCAAGGAAUUACUCAAUGCGGCUAAAAAUCUGUCUCGGGCUCAGCGAAAUCUCGCGAAAGCUUUCAGCGAGUUUAAAUUCGAGACUAUCGGUACGAGUCAGACAGAUGACGAAAUCGUCAUAUCGAAUUCUCUCAAGGAGUUCAGCCGACUCCUGAACACAGUUGAGGAUGAGCGUGAUCGGAUGUUGGAGAACGCUCACACCCUGAUCGAGCCAAUAGAAACUUUCCGUAAGGAACGGAUAGGAGAAGCUAAAGAGAAGAAGAAGCGUUUCGAGAAGGAUACCGCGAAAUAUUGCAGUGCUCUCGAGAAAAGCCUCGGCCAGAGCUCGAAGAAGAGUGAGCUGAAAGAGACGGAUCUAGAGGUUGUAACGGCACAGGCCAACUUCUUCAGAACAUCGCUGGAAUACAUCUUGCACUUACAGCGAGUCCAAGAAGGGAAGAAAACUGAGUUCGUGGAGACGAUCCUCCGCUUCAUGUACGGCUGGUUGACAUUCUAUCACCAGGGCCACGAAGUCGCGAACGAUUUUACUCCGUUCAACACGGAUCUGCAGAAAAAGCUGCAGAAGACUCGGGAGAGUCUGGAAAUCACCAAUACCAAAGCAGAAUUGUUGAUGCGGAAAAUGCUCACAGAGAAACCAGAUCCCGGCUCGCUUAAUCGCAUGUACACCCGAGAAGGCUAUCUGUAUCUCUUAGAGAAGAAACAUCUGGGGUCCGUCUGGACUAAGCACUUCUGUCAAUACAGAAAAGAAGACCGGAAAUUUACGAUGAUUCCGUAUUCUCAGAAUGGGAACCAGAAACUCACGAAUUGUGAAACCAUUCAUCUGGCUGAAUGUGUACGACGUAUGUCAGAAACAAUUGAUCGGAGGUACUGUUUCGACGUAACUCCGCGGGAUAAAAGCCCGGGGACAGUGUUUACUUUCCAAGCACUAAACGCAGAAGACUACAAGCUGUGGCUGGCGGCUAUGGAUGGUAAAGAUCCGCGACCUCCGCCACUGGCCCCUGGUAUGGCCUCUCAGAACGCUAACAUUCUGAUAAAUGAGGAGGGACUUUGCUUCGUCAAACUGUGCAUCGAUGCGAUCGAGAAGAGGGGUCUGGAAGACCAAGGGCUAUAUCGGACCGCUGGCGUGGCUUCCAAAGUUCAAAAACUCCUCCAGCUUGCUUUCGACCAGAAACAAGUUUCUCAGGUUAACCUGAUGGACGCAAACGAAUGGGAGGUUAAGACGAUAGCUUCGUCAUUGAAGAAUUACCUGCGGCAUUUACCCGAGCCCCUGAUGACAUUCCGUCUACAUCAAGAAUUCAUCAAAGCAGCGAAAUUGGAAAACGCCCAAGAGAGAAUAAAUAGAGUGGAGAAAUUAGUGCAGGAACUACCUCAAGAAAAUUAUAGAAUGCUCCGAAUACUCAUCGAGCAUCUGGUCAAAGUAUCGGACAACAAGACAACGAAUUUGAUGUCUAUAAGUAACCUUGGCGUUUGCUUCGGACCCACCCUGUUACGACCUGAAGAGGAAACAGUAGCUGCCAUAAUGGACAUCAAAUUUUGUAACGUGAUUGUUGAGAUUCUUAUCGAGAACUUUUCUGUGAUAUUUUCGAAGCCAGCUGUAUCGCCAGCGGUUUCAAACAACUCAGGAGGAGCCAGUGGGAAUAUCUACGAAGGCUCUCGACAAGAAGUAUCAAGAGCGGCACCUCCGGCAGCUCAUCAGAGCCCCCAGGUAUCGACAAUGAACGCGAUUUCAGCCCAAACGGGCUCACCGCAUAGAUGCUCACUGCGAACGCCGCAAACAUCGAUAAGUGACCUGCAGAUGCCGACGAUAUACUACCCGCAAGGGAGUCCUGGGGGCGGGUCGCCGCAACAUAUUCAACAAAUGCAGGAGGGAAUUUACGGCUACGACGCUCUCAGAAGUUAUACCGCUGUCCCGGUCGGGGUGAAUGCGGCGAUGUCGGUGGCAGCUGUCAAUGGCGUGCCCCAGUCGGCCGCCCCGCAGGCUCCUUCGCGACAUCAAUAUGUGUCCCACGCUUGUAGCUACCCAUUGGCUAGUCAGUGGAGCCGAGAUUCAGCUCAAGGAACCGGCGGUGGUCAAACGUAUCACGGAUCGCCGAACGUGCCAAACUACAGCGCCACCUCACAGCCCACGCUUACCUCUAGUCAUGGAUCUGUGGGCUCAGUCUCGGCUAGCCCUUCGGGAACCGGUCCGUCACCGGGUGCGGUGAAAGCGCCGUCGGGUUGCCGCGUGAGGACCUUAUAUGCAUGUGUUGGAGAGAACGAACAGGAACUCUCCUUCGAGCCAAACCAGAUCAUCACGGACGUGAGACCGUCACGAGAGACGGGUUGGUUGGAGGGAGUGCUCAACGGAAAACGGGGACUCAUUCCUGAAAACUACAUCCAGUACCUAAAUAAUUAA